AUGGACUGGGGGAGCAUCAUAGACUGGGGGUGCAUCAUAGACUGGGGGUGCAUCAUAGACUGGGGGAGCAUCAUAGACUGGGGGUGCAUCAUAGACUGGGGGUGCAUCAUAGACUGGGGGAGCAUCAUAGACUGGGGGAGCAUCAUAGACUGGGGGAGCAUCAUAGCCUGGGGGAGCAUCAUAGACUGGGGGAGCAUCAUAGACUGGGGGAGCAUCAUAGACUGGGGGAGCAUCAUAGCCUGGGGGAGCAUCAUAGACUGGGGGAGCAUCAUAGACUGGGGGAGCAUCAUAGACUGGGGGAGCAUCAUAGACUGGGGGUGCAUCAUAGACUGGGGGUGCAUCAUAGACUGGGGGAGCAUCAUAGACUGGGGGAGCAUCAUAGACUGGGGGUGCAUCAUAGACUGGGGGAGCAUCAUAGACUGGGGGAGCAUCAUAGACUGGGGGAGCAUCAUAGACUGGGGGAGCAUCAUAGACUGGGGGAGCAUCAUAGCCUGGGGGAGCAUCAUAGACUGGGGGUGCAUCAUAGACUGGGGGUGCAUCAUAGACUGGGGGAGCAUCAUAGACUGGGGGUGCAUCAUAGACUGGGGGUGCAUCAUAGACUGGGGGAGCAUCAUAGACUGGGGGAGCAUCAUAGACUGGGGGAGCAUCAUAGACUGGGGGAGCAUCAUAGACUGGGGGAGCAUCAUAGCCUGGGGGAGCAUCAUAGACUGGGGGAGCAUCAUAGACUGGGGGUGCAUCAUAGACUGGGGGAGCAUCAUAGACUGGGGGAGCAUCAUAGACUGGGGGAGCAUCAUAGACUGGGGGAGCAUCAUAGACUGGGGGAGCAUCAUAGACUGGGGGAGCAUCAUAGACUGGGGGAGCAUCAUAGACUGGGGGAGCAUCAUAGACUGGGGGUGCAUCAUAGACUGGGGGUGCAUCAUAGACUGGGGGAGCAUCAUAGACUGGGGGUGCAUCAUAGACUGGGGGAGCAUCAUAUAG